AUUCAGAAGCUACAUCUGGCAUACAUUUAAUCAACACAGUUCAACGAACAACCAAGAGGAGGCCAUUUUGAACAUCACUCUGUGGCAGGUCGCUGUCACUCCUGCAGUCUGGCUUGGAGAGUUUCAAGAUGGAUGAAGCCAUAGAGCUUUCGAGUGAUGGAAACUCCCUGCUAAAAGCGGUCUAUCAAAGCCGGCUGCGCUUGACCAGGCUCUUGUUGGAAGGGGGCGCCUACAUCAACGAAAGUAACGAUCGUGGGGAAACGCCUUUAAUGAUAGCUUGUAAGAGCAAGCACAUCGACCACCAAAGCGUCAGCAAAGUCAAAAUGGUCAAGUAUCUGCUGGAAAAUAAUGCCGAUCCCAAUAUACAAGACAAAACUGGGAAAACGGCCCUGAUGCACGCUUGCUUAGAAAAGGCGGGCCCCGAAAUAGUCUCUUUGCUGAUAAAAAGUGGCGCCGACUUGACGCUGCAAGACCACUCGAGUUAUUCAGCCCUGGUUUAUGCUAUCAAUUCAGAGGACAAAGAGACCUUGAAGGUUCUCCUCAAUGCUUGCAAGGCGAAAGGGAAAGAAGUCAUCAUCAUCACCACAGCCAAGUCUCCCUCCGGGAGGCACACCACCAAGCAGUAUCUGAAUGUGCCUCCGGGAGACAUGGAAGGAUUUCAGUCUCCAACUUCCUGUGCUACCCCUUCCGAAAUAGAGAUUAAGACCGCCUCUUCUCCCCACGCCGGCUCCUCUGACUUGGAGAAAGGGCUUUUUGGCUUUAAAGAUCUGGAUCUUUCAGACAGCAGUGAUGAUGCUUCAGAAUCAGGUUCCCCUACUGGAAGAGCUGCUGCCGUUCACAGUGGGCCUAAGCUGGGCCAAGCACAACACUUGCAUUUAGAUCCCUGGAUAAAAAACUCUCCUUCUCUCUUGCACAAGACUAAAGUGGCCUCUUUACAAGAAGAACUUCAGGAUAUUACACCAGAGGAAGAGUUCUCUCUGAAACUAAACGGGCUGGCCUUAUCCAAGCGGUUUAUCACCCGACACCAAAGUAUUGAUGUGAAAGACGCCGCACAUUUGUUAAAGGCCUUUGAACAGGCUGGCUCCAGGAAAAUGUCUUACGAUGAGAUCCAUUCGCAGCCCUUCUUUUCCGAACCAGGCAGUUCUGGCAGUGACCUCCCAGGGGACCAAGACCCGGAGUCAGCAACUCAAGCGGCGUUUGUUUCUACCCUGAGAAAUAUUGUCCAAAGGAGAAGCUCGGGAGCAAAUCACUAUAGUUCCGAUUCUCAGCUCACUACCGGACUCACUCCGCCAACUUCAGAAGAUGGAAAAACGUUUGGAGGAAAGAAAAAAAUCCUCUGCCCAUCUCCACCGGCGCUGGCCGGGGCUAAGGAACUGCCGGAGAGUGUGCCUCCCGUCCCGCUGAGCAGGAGAAAUCACGCCAUGCUGGAAAGGCGCGGCUCGGGAGCCUUCCCACUGGAUCACACGGCACAAACCCGUCCGGGCUUUCUUCCCCCCUUAAAUGUCAAUUCCCAUCCUCCUAUCCCGGAUGUCGGUGUUAGCAACAAGAUUUCCAGUCUCUUUUCUUGUGGACAAAAAAUACUCGUGCCCACCGUCCCUACUUUUCCCAAAGAGUUCAAAAACAAGAAAAUGUUGUUAAGGAGACAGUCGUUACAAACGGAACAAAUUAAGCAAUUAGUAAAUUUUUAAAAGGUAACCCAGAAAUACUUUUACAUGAUGUGUGUGUCUGAAAGGCAGAAGGAGCUUUGAAAGGUCGUGUAGCUCAUCUUCCUUCUUCCACGGAAACAGUAACUCAAUGUGUAUCCAUUAGGAGUUGAGCAUUAUUUUAGGCACUGUGGUAAUAGACCCUUAGAUAUAAGAGAUAGUCACUGCCUUUGGGCAAUUCAAAACAUAUAAACUACUGGUGUG